UUUGUUUAAUUGUAUUCUGUAAGGUAGUAAUAAAAAGGAAAAUUAAUGGCUGAGCUGGAAUCGAAGAAGCUGGAAGUUGAAUCGCCGGUGACUGCUCCGGUAACUGAACCGUCACCGGUGGAAGCUAAAAGCGAUGAAAAAGCUACGGUUCCUCCACCACCGCCUGCAGAAAAGCUUGCUGUCGAUGAAUCCAAAGCUCUUGUUGUAGUUGAAAAGGUUCCUGAAUCUGCUCCAAAGAAGAUUGUAGGGGGAUCGCUCGACCGAGAUAUUGCUCUUGCAGACUUGGAAAAGGAAAAGAGAAAUUCCUUCGUCAAGGCAUGGGAAGAAAGUGAGAAAUCGAAAGCAGAGAACAAGGCUGAGAAAAAGUUAUCUGAUAUUGCUGCAUGGGAGAGUAGUAAGAAGGCAGUUGUUGAAGCCCAGUUGAGAAAGAUGGAGGAAAAAUUGGAGAAGAAGAAGGCGGAAUAUGCAGAGAAAAAGAAGAACAAAGUAGCUUCCAUUGUUAUGCUGGCUCAAGAAAAGAGAGCAAUAGUCGAAGCUCAACGAGGAGAAGAAGUCCUAAAGGCAGAGGAAAUGGCUGCAAAAUACCGUGCUACUGGCCAAACUCCGAAGAAACUCCUCGGUUGCUUCUAGUGUUGCGGGUUUUGCGCCCGACUUGGAUUAUGUAAGCAGCAAGUGGAAUCACUGCUCUCUUUCAAACCGGUUAUUUAUUUUUUUUCAUAUGCAACUGUGUUUUCAUCUGUAUAAUUUGCUUGCUAGUCACUUUCCACUCAGUUUUAUGCCUUUGAACGUUGGAAAACUAUCCAAUUCCCAUUAUUUAAUUUGCCUAUGUAUAGAAAUAUAGGGUUUUAUCUAUGAGAACAGUUUGAUGGAAUUUGUUAGUUA